AUGCACUUUCCCGACUUCACCGUGCUAGCUUCCAUCUCACUCUACAUGAUAAUCAGUUUUUGGGAAGGGCAAGCGAACAGCCCUGUGAUGUCACAGGCGAAUACUAUAUUAAUCAACCACGUGAUCGCAUCUAUCCAAUCAAACUCCUUGCAUUGCAUGCAAGCAUGUGCAACGACGUCGAACUGCUACAGCAUUAACCAGUACCCCGGAUGUGGACGCUGCGAGUUGAACAGCGCCACGCACUUAUCCCAUCCAUGGGACAUGGUCAGCGACGCAGACGGGAGUUACAUGAUUUACAACCUACGCCUUUACAUCUGCAGCUACUCGCUGUGUCAGGACGACAAGAUGUGUGAGCUGAACGCUGAUGGACUCACUCAUAACUGCAAAGCGAAAUACUUCGACAUCUAUGUGCGUUCAGAAACGGCAGACGAUCCGAGAAGAACUCCGGGUACUAUCGGUAUAAGCAGCAUUGUCGUGGACGGUCGCGAAUACGCUUCGGGGAAAAAAGGAUGGAACAUUGCAGCAUUCUUCAUGAACGGGACACACCAUUCAAACGCAGUGUUCGACACUGAUGUGAUAGCAAGCCACAGACCCGCCAUGCUUGACUACCUUAACAAUCUGCCCAACAACACCCUUGUCGUUGUCACCGUACAAGCCAAUGGUUUUGAUGCUGAAAUCAUUGAGCCUGCCCUGAGAAACAUUGGAGCACAAGAUCCAGCAAUUGCUGGAUGGCGAAUGGCUUGGUGCCUUGUCGGUCACAAGGGCGGAAAUCAACCCUGGAUUCGUCAGGCACACUCGACAACUGACAUCACGGAGAUCAGCGUCAAGGUGCCCUAGGAAGAACAAGCACUCGACAACUGACAUCACGGAGAUCACCGGCAAGGUGCCCUAGGAAGAACAAGCAAUCGAAAACUGACAUCACGGAGAUCACCGGCAAGGUGCCCUAGGAAGAACAAGCAAUCGACAACUGACAUCACGGAGAUCACCGGCAAGGUGCCCUAGGAAGAACAAGCAAUCGACAACUGACAUCACGGAGAUUAGCGUCACGGUGCCCUAGGAAGAACAAGCACCCGACAACUGACAUCACGGAAAUUCGCUUCACGGUGCCCUAAGGAAGAACAAUCAUUCGACAACUGACAUCACGGAGAUCACCGGCAAGGUGCCCUAGGAAGAACAAGCACUCGACAACUGACAUGACGGAGAUCAGCGUCACGUUGCCAUAGGAAGAACCCGACAACUGACCCUUACCUCACUCCUGACUUUCAAGUUAUUUUAUCAAUUCUCCCAACAUUCCCUGCGUGUCUCUAAAAACCUAGACAGACAGGAUAUGCGUUUUGUAUUGCUUAAUUAUAGAGCUCCAAAUGAUUUUACGCAAAUGUAUAUAGGGAAAGUACUCUGCUUAAGCUCCACGAGCAGGUUACUUUAAUUAUCAUUUAGCUUUAGUGUAACCCUUGUAUAGCCAUACACCAAAAUUUGGAAUUCGACUCUGCCAAAUUUUACUCUUUAAUAAGACUUCUUCAGGGCAGACUCAACUGAAGAAUCUUAUCAAAGACGAGAAUUUGUCAGAGUCUAAUUCCAGUGUAUUGUGUAUUGUAUUCAAUUUUCUGGUUCACGAACACGACUAUUUGGGCUUUUUGUAUUUACUCCUUGUGUAGCCAGUUGUAGUUAUAGGGUAAUCGAGUCUUAUAAGUCACUUCAGUCGAUUCAGCAAAUAUGUGCUGGCGAUACUGCAAAACUUCGCUCUCUAGCUGUGUGGCCAGUUUUGCUCGGUGUGGAUCUGAAAGAUAGAAAGCGCCAGCUAUCAGCCGACAUGUGAUCGAGCAGCGGAAUGUUAUUAACAUACGAAAUAGGAUAAUGGCUGCAGAGCAUAGAAUAAAAUGCCAGGAGACUCGACGGUGAAUGAAGCCUGCUAAUCGAAUCUGCUAAAGAAUUCAGCUUUCCUUCUAAGUAGACUGCAACAAUGUGAAAAUUAUAAAUAGCUGAGAGCCAAAAUAGUUCGCGCAACUCCUGCAUAAUGGCGGUAUUUGCGGUCGUACCCUUGUUGUGUGCUGCUAGAGCGAGUGCGAAUAAUGGUACGAGUAAAGCAUACCUAGUGCUUAUCAAAAAUAAUCCCGCAUGUCUUAGGCAUGAGGUCAUAGGCGGUGCUUCCUGUGCAUGCGAGUGUGAACUGCUGAUACCCCAUUAGCACCUAUGUGUGGUCUAGAUUUUUAUUAACACUACUGUUAUCAAUAACCACUUUAAAGUUAAGAGAGUUUUUUUAUCGAAAAUAAAAACCAAAAUGCAACC